AUGAUACCUGAAAUACAACUCCAGUCACCAUGGCGAACAUUUGAACAGCGAUUUCAAGAGUAUCGCUGUUGUGAUGACAAGGAUUUUAAAAGAGAGGUUCGAAGAAAUACAAGACUUACUGACCUCGAUUUGUUUAUAUCUGAAGAUAAUCUAUUUGUGCGCCAUACAUUUGAUUUGCACUCAGACUCUUGUAGAUGA